AUGGCACACUUAUCGAUUCUUCUAAUUGCCUUUUUCAUCUCAUUUUCUUCUUGUCAACAGUGCGAGCAGACUUCCGAUGUCGAUCGAUUCGAUUGUUAUCCGGAGAACGGGGCCUCGGAAGAGAAAUGCCUGGCAAGAAACUGUUGUUGGAGACAACCAAUUGAAAAAACAAACCAAACUUUGAAACGUCCGACUGCUUUUCGCGAUGUUAAUGUACCAUACUGUUACUAUCCGAAGGAUUUUCCAACGUAUGUUUUACAAAGCACGGAAACAACCGAUUUCGGUCAGAGAUUACGAAUCAAUCGAUCACAAUCUACAUAUAUGCCACAUGAUAUCAUGAAUUUGACUGUUGAUCUAAUUUAUGAAACAGCACAGAGACUUCGUAUUCGAAUCUAUGAUACAGAAUAUAAACGCUACGAAGUGCCACUUGAAGUACCAAUUGUUAUGACAAAAGUUGAUCAAACAGAUUACGAUGUGAAGGUCAAUCCAACACCAUUUUCUCUUCUUGUAACCCGAAAAUCAACAGGUGUGACAUUGUUCGAUUCCAGCGUAUCACCAUUGAUCUUCGCAGAUCAGUUUAUUAAGUUCUCAACGAAACUGUCAAGUCCAUUAGUCUACGGCCUCGGUGAACAUCGACAAGGUUUGGUUAUGAAUAUUACCAACCAAUGGAAAAAAUUAACUUUUUGGUCACGAGAUUUUCCACCUGUACAAAACAUCAAUCUUUAUGAAUUCCUUCCAGGUGCAUCAACACAGUUUCAUGGUCAAUUUUUGCUCAAUUCCAAUGCCAUGGACAUUGACCUACAACCAUCACCAGCAUUGACGUAUACAACAAUUGGAGGUAUCAUUGACUUGUACGUCUUCACUGGACCGACAGUACAGAAUGUUAUCCAACAAUAUUGGGAUGUCAUUGGAAAACCAAUGAUGCCACCACAUUGGUCAUUAGGAUUUCAUCUUUGUCGUUAUGGGUAUAAUAGCAUUGACAACAUGAUAGCUACUAUAAAGAGAAUGGACGCAGCUGACUUUCCCUACGAUGUGCAGUGGACGGAUAUUGAUGCAAUGUCCUCCUAUCUUGAUUUCACGUAUGAUGAAACGAAUUUUCGUGGUCUUCCAGAUCUUGUUCGUACUCUCCAAGCAGGUGGGAAACGUUAUGUGAACAUUAUCGAUCCCGGCAUUAGUUCCGUGCAACCGGCAGGUACAUAUAUACCGUAUGAAGAAGGUCUGAAGAACAAUGUUUUCAUGAGAAAAUACAAUUCGAAUGAACUGAUUCUUGGCAAAGUUUGGCCUGGUAUAACUGCUUUUCCAGAUUUUACACAUCCGAAUGCAACGGAUUGGUGGACAAAUAUUGCUUCUGCUUUUCAUGACAUUGUCCCAUUUGAUGGAAUGUGGAUUGAUAUGAACGAACCAUCCAGUUUUAUUGAUGGCUCUAGUGAUGGAUGCACUACAAACAACCUAGACAAUCCACCGUUCGUUCCAAACGUCUUGGGUGGUACUCUCGGUUCGAAAACGUUAUGUCCCUCUGCUCAACAAUAUCUGUUCCCGCACUAUAAUCUACAUAGUAUGUAUGGUUAUUUCGAAGCCAAAGCAUCGAAUGCAGCGUUGAAAACUAUUCGAAAUAAACGACCUUUUGUCCUAUCGCGUUCGACAUUUGCUGGUUCUGGCAAAUUUACCGCUCAUUGGACAGGAGAUAAUCGCGCGACGUUCGACGACAUGUACUUUUCAAUUCCCGCUAUUCUUAAUUUUAACAUGUUCGGCAUCACACACGUCGGCGCCGAUAUUUGUGGAUUUGGACUUGAAACAACGGAAGAAUUAUGCACACGUUGGAUGCAAUUAGGUGCCUUUUAUCCGUUUAUGAGAAAUCAUAAUGAUCUGGGACAGAAGGAUCAAGAUCCUGCAUCGUUUUCCUAUCAAGCUCAACAAAGUAUGAAACAGGCAUUACUGAUGCGCUACUCCUUGGUACCAUUUUGGUAUACACUUCACCAUGAAGCAGCAAUGCUAUCUAGAACAAUCGUCCAACCACUAUUCUUCGAAUUUCCCGAUGAUAUGGAUACAUAUAAUAUAGAUCAACAGUUUAUCAUUGGUCGUGCUAUUCUCGUUUCUCCAAAUUUAAAAAUGGGAACAACUACUGUUUCGGCUUACUUUCCGUCUGAUACAUGGUAUGAAUUCCCAACAGGCACGAAAGUGGAAACGGUAGGCUCGUUUACCACGUUAGAUGCACCGUUAUCAAAAAUAAAUGUGCAUGUUCGUGGUGGCUUCGCUAUUCCGAUGCAAAUACCCGGUGAUAAUCUUAUUAUUGGACGUGAUAAUCCAUUUACACUGCUUGUCGCUCAAUCUCCAUGGGGGAAUGCCAGCGGAAACCUUUUUUGGGACGACGGAGACUCAAUCGAUUCAAUUGAAACCAAAACAUACAAUUAUCUCGAAUUUUCAUUAACUAAUGCGACACUCUUAACAAUUAACGCACUAGUUGCCAAUUACAAAGAUUCACCAAUGCGUUUGGCUUUAAUCAAAGUUCUCGGAGUCGAUAAAACGGUGAUAAAUGUUAAUGUCAACGGAAAAAUCUAUCCGAACUUCCUCUACAACGUAUACGAUCAAAUCCUUGUCAUCUACGGACUUGAUUUGAACAUGAUAACUGAGCCGGUUCAAACCAUACAAUGGACGCUGGCAAGUUAA